UCGCAGGAGUGGAGCAGAGUUGAUGAUGUGUGGAGUGAGGGCGUAUUGAAUCUGUUCCUUUCGUUGUUUGGUUUGCUUCAAUAUCCUGUUCAGAAUCAAACUGACGAAUACACCGGGGUUUGGCAUUGGUUGACUCUCAACCAAUCAGAGUUCUUCGUAGUUCUUUAUAGAAGAAGCCCGCUGCUAUGAUAUGUGUCAGUGUUUCUCUGACUAUCGCAAUGGAUCGUCUAACGAUGCGGCUUGUGUUUGGCCUCGCUGUCGUCACAUGCCUUUCCAUCACAAAUACGGAAGGGACCUUCAGAUUCAGAUGUCCAAGGUUUCGUUGUCUGCAGUGGAUCAAAUGUGGUAACGGCAAUGUCGAGAUAUGGGGCUGUCCAGUAUGCCUGUGUAAACCACCCCCCACAAGGACCUUCAGAUACAGAUGUCCAAGGUUUCGUUGUCUGCAGUGGAUCAAAUGUGGUCACGGCAAUGUCGAAAUAUUGGGCUGUCCAAUAUGCAAGUGUAAACCACCCCCCACAACAACAAAGAAGCCGGAGUUGUGUCUGACCUGUUGUGGCCCUCCGCCAUGUUGUAACUUCUGCUAACGUCAACCAACUUCCUAACGUCGUUCUGGUGAACAGUUGACUUACCUGCGUUUGUGAAGUGUGCAGCCGAUGUGGCAGGAGACAUCCAGCUUGAAUUGUUAUUGAUUUAUAAACACAUGAACACAGUCGUUCAUAUGUAGUACUUACGGUAGAGUCUUCAGCAACCCAUGCUUGUCUUAAAAGGAGGCGACUAACGGGAUCGGGUGGUCAGGCUCGCUGACUUGGUUUGAUGCAUGUCAUCUUAUCCCAAUUGCGUAGAUCGAUGUUUAUAUAUGAUGUCAAUUACUUGAUUGUUUGGUCCAAACUCGAUUAUUUACAGACCGCCGUCAUAUAGCCGGAAUAUUACUGAGUGCGGCGUUAAACAACAAAUAAACACACAAACUUAAGGUAGUAUUACUUCAAUCUUACAGCUAGCCUGACCACCCGAUCCCGUUAUUCGUAAAAGGCGACUCACGGUAUCGGGUUGGCUGACUUGGUUGAUGCAUGUCAUCGUAUCCCAACUGCGUGGUCCAGACUCGAUUAUUUACAGACCGCCGUCAUAUAGCUGGAAUAUUGCUGAGUACGGCGUUAAACAACAAACCAGCCAACCAACCAAUCUUACAGAUGCCUUCACGCCAUCUAGAUGAAUGUAGGACCAUCAACAGAAGAAUGUAAAAGCUUUUUGUAAACUGUUCUCUUGUUCGUUUUCUUGUAUAAAUAAAGUACUGUAGGACUA